GCGGAAGGUUGAGGGCGCCCGCCGCGGGAUGAGGCGCCGCCGCCGCUGUGGCUGUCCGCUGCCGGGCGCCGGCAGCUUCGCGCAGGGUUAUCUCCUCAUCAGACUAUGAGCUCCUUGAAAGAAGGAAUCGUGUCUUACUCAUCUUUGUAUCCCCAGAGUCUACCACAGUUCCUGAUACGUAGUUUAUGCUGAAUUUUGGGACAUGGCCACUGCUUCACCAAGGUCUGAUACUAGUAAUAACCACAGUGGAAGGUUGCAGUUACAGGUAACUGUUUCUAGUGCCAAACUAAAAAGAAAAAAGAACUGGUUUGGAACAGCAAUAUAUACAGAACUAGUUGUAGAUGGAGAAAGUAAGAAAACAGCAAAAUCCAGUAGUUCUUCCAAUCCUAAAUGGGAUGAACAGCUAACUGUCAAUGUGACCCCACAGACUACAUUGGAAUUUCGGGUUUGGAGUCAUCACACUUUAAAAGCAGAUGCUUUAUUGGGAAGAGCAACCAUAGAUUUGAAACAGGCUCUGUUAGCACACAAUAGAAAACUGGAAAGAGUGAAAGAACAAUUAAAACUUUCCUUGGAAAACAAGAAUGGCAUAGUGCAAACUGGUGAAUUGGCUGUUGUGCUUGAUGGAUUGUUGAUUGAGCAAGAAAAUCUAACAAACUACAGCUCAUCUCCAACCAAAAUACGACAAAAUGGUGAUGCCUUACAUGAAAAUGGAGAGCCUUCAGCAAGGACAACUACCAGGUUGGCUGUUGAAGGUACUAAUGGAAUAGAUGAUAAUGUAUCUACAAAUGCUGUAGUCCAAGACUCUUGCUGUUCGCAUGUAGUUAAUGGAGACAACACACCUUCAUGACAGGUUCCUGUCAGACCCAAAAAUACACCAGCUCCAAAACCACUCACAUCUGAGCCUGCCAAUGACACUGUUAAUGGAGAAUCAUCCUCAUCUGCGCCCACUGGCCAGGCCUCUGCCAUUGGCACUGCAGUAGUUCCUGAAGAAACCAGCUUGUCUUCAGACUGCACUAGCACUACUGUUGAAGAUGCUCCCAUUCAGGAGAUACCCACUUCCUCCGAAAACAAUGAAUGUAUACCUUCUACCAGUGCACAGUUGGGAUCUGAAGCUAGAAGCAUACUAGAUGCUGAUCAUUCUAAUUCUGCAAGUAGUUCUGCUUUUGACAAAUUAAGGCAGCCAGAGGGGUGUGCGGAAUCUGUACGGCAACAGUCUGGAAAUGCCAACACAGAAACUUUGCCAUCAGGGUGGGAACAGAGGAAAGAUCCUCAUGGUAGAACCUAUUAUGUGGAUCAUAACACUUGAACUACCACGUGGGAGAGACCACAACCAUUACCUCCAGGUUGGGAAAGAAGAGUUGAUGACCGUGGAAGAGUUUAUUGUGUGGAUCAUAACACCAGAACAACAACAUGGCAGCGGCCUACCAUGGAGUCUGUGCGGAAUUUUGAACAGUGGCAAUCUCAGCGGAACCAAUUGCAGGGAGCUAUGCAACAGUUCAACCAACGAUACCUCUAUUCGGCUUCAAUGUUAACUGCAGAAAAUGACCCAUAUGGACCUUUGCCACCAGGCUGGGAAAAAAGAGUGGAUUCAACAGACAGGGUUUGCUUCGUGAACCAUAACACAAAAACAACCCAAUGGGAAGAUCCAAGAACUCAAGGCUUACAGAAUGAAGAACCCUUGCCUGAAGGCUGGGAAAUUAGGUAUACUCGGGAAGGUGUUAGGUACUUUGUUGAUCAUAACACAAGAACAACAACUUUCAAAGAUCCUCGCAAUGGGAAGUCAUCUGUAACUAAAGGUGGUCCACAGAUUUCUUACGAACGCAGCUUUAGGUGGAAACUUGCUCACUUCCGUUAUUUGUGCCAGUCUAAUGCACUACCCAGUCACGUAAAGAUCAAUGUGUCCCGGCAGACAUUAUUUGAAGAUUCCUUCCAACAGAUUAUGGCAUUAAAACCCUAUGACUUGAGGAGGCGAUUAUAUGUAAUAUUUAGAGGAGAAGAAGGACUUGAUUAUGGUGGCCUAGCAAGAGAGUGGCUUUUCUUGCUUUCCCAUGAAGUUUUGAACCCAAUGUAUUGCUUAUUUGAAUAUGCGGGCAAGAACAACUAUUGUCUGCAGAUAAAUCCAGCAUCAACCAUUAAUCCAGAUCAUCUUUCAUACUUCUGUUUCAUUGGUCGCUUUAUUGCAAUGGCAUUAUUUCAUGGAAAAUUUAUUGAUACUGGUUUUUCUUUACCAUUCUACAAGCGUAUGUUAAGUAAAAAACUUACUAUUAAGGAUUUGGAAUCUAUUGACACUGAAUUUUAUAACUCCCUUAUCUGGAUAAGAGACAACAAUAUGGAAGAAUGUGGCUUAGAAAUGUACUUUUGUGUUGACAUGGAAAUUUUGGGAAAAGUUACUUCACAUGACCUGAAAUUGGGAGGUUCCAAUAUACUCGUGACUGAGGAGAACAAAGACGAAUAUAUUGGUUUAAUGACAGAAUGGCGAUUUUCUCGAGGAGUACAAGAACAGACCAAAGCCUUCCUUGAUGGUUUUAAUGAAGUUGUUCCCCUUCAGUGGCUACAGUACUUUGAUGAAAAAGAAUUGGAGGUUAUGUUGUGUGGCAUGCAGGAGGUUGACUUGGCAGACUGGCAGAGAAAUACGGUUUAUCGACAUUAUACAAGAAACAGCAAGCAAAUCAUUUGGGAAAUUCAUUUUUAUAGUCUGUCUUCCUUUCCAAAUUAA